AUGACUACCGAACUGGCAACCAAGCAGGGCAAGCCCGCCCCUACGGCAGUGCCCCUGAACGCCAGCAAAAACGGCCACCCGUUCCGCCUGGUUGACGGCCUGCUGUAUAACCGCGAUGCAGGUGGAACCGAACGAUUGGUAAUUCCCCAAGCACCGAUCCCCGAGUUCCUGGAGGAGGCACACGACCAAACGCAGCAUUUCGGCCGUGACAGGGUCAUGUAAAGCCUGAGCAACGCUCACUUCCGGUAUAAGUCGACCCACCCCGAGUUGGGCCACCCCCUGUCUUGGGCCACCCCAAAACAAGCACCGUGGAACCAACGCAUCUACUUCCAGGUGAAAAAUG